AUGCCCCACGCCAUCAGCCAUGCCACCCCGGGGCUCCAGGCUCUCAUCCUGUGCGGCCCCGGUAGCUCAUUUCCGACCUUCACGGCCAACCCCGAUGAGAACCCCAAGGCUCUCUUGCCCAUCGCCAACCGGCCCAUGGUGUGGUAUCCCCUAGAGUUCUGCUAUCGCGCCGGCAUCACAAAUAUCACCCUCGUCUGCCCGCCAUCCGCCGCCAAUGCCAUCACCACCGCCCUCAACACCAACCCCUUCCUCACCAGCCUGCCCUACCCGCGCCCGAACCUUCUGGCGCCCAAGGAUCUGGACAACAAUACCGGAACGGCCGAGCUGCUCCGUCUUCCCGAGCUGCAAGAGGCUGUCAAGUCCGACUUCCUCGUCCUACCCUGCGACCUGGUUUGCGAGUUGAGCGCAGACAAGCUGCUUCAGGCAUGGAUGGUGCGCUCUGCAAGUCUGGAUGACCUGCUAGGCGGUGACGCGGGUCAAGGCCGGCGCAGCGGCGGCCUAGGAGUGUGGUACGAGACGCGGACGCCGACACGCAUCAAGGGCGAAGAGACAGACUUCGUCGCGACCGUCCCGCUGCCGCCCUCGGCCGACCUUCCCGCCAAGGGCUCACUCUUUCCGCACAUCAGCAAGCUGGUCUACUCGAUCCCGACGGACUCGCUCAAGGAUCUUCUCGAGGACAAGAAGGGCUUCCCCAUCCGGCAUGCCCUGAUCCGGCAGCAUCCCCGGGUCCGCAUGCUUACUACCCACCGCGAUGCGCACCUCUACAUCUUCCCGCACUGGGUCAUGCAAUUUAUCAAGGAGAACGACCGUCUGGAGAGCAUCGGCGAGGACGUUAUCGGCUGGUGGGCCAAGGCCGGCUGGCAAAAGGGUCUAUCCGCCAAACUCGGCCUCGACGGUGUUCUCCGCGGGCCCGGCGAAGACUCUGACUCGGAGCAUGCGGCCGAACCUCCCACCAAGGACGGCCCCAUCAUCCGCCGCGUCGACACCGCCCAGCUCCUUCUCAACGUCUCUCUCCAGCUCGCGAAACUCCCCUCCCUGGAAGAAACGGGCCCAGAUGCCCCAGCCUCUCCCUUCUCCCACGCCCGCAAGAUCGCCUACCCGGAGGGCGUGAAACCCCGUACGACGAUCACCAAGGCAGACAGCCUGGUGGCAGACAACGUGACGGUCGAGGAGAAGACGUCGAUUAAGGAGUGCGUGAUCGGGGCGGGGUGCCAGAUCGGGGAGGGGGCGAAGCUGUCGCAGUGUCUGCUGAUGGAUGGGGUGGUGGUGGGGAGGAAUUGCAAGUUGACGCGGUGUGUAGUGGGGAAGAGGGCAGAGAUUGGGGAGGGGUGUGUGCUCACGGAGUGUGAGGUGCAGGAGAAUUUGUUGGUGGAGGCAAAGACCGAGGCCAAAGACGAAAAGUUCAUGUCCUCCUCUGGGUUGGAGGCUGUUGAUGAUGAUGAUGGGGAGGAGGAGGAGGAGGAGGAGGAGGAGGAGGAGGAGGAAGAGGAUGGGCAUGAUGGGUAUCAGGAUGGCGGAGAGUCUGAUAAGGAGUAG